AUGGCAUCGAGUCAGGCUCCAGUAAAACUCGUCAACGAGUCCGCAGUCGAAUUCCUCACGACAGAGAUGGUCGAGGCAAUGAUCAGAACCAUCAAGGACGACGCCCUUCGCCUCAGCACCGACAAAGACCCUAGUCUUGGCAGCCCGAACGAUGGCGCCGGAGGACCCAAGGAUUACUCUGAAGGAGACGAAGCUAUGGAGGCAGUCUACUACAAGCUGGAAAUGAUUGGAUUCCGCGUAGGCGAGCGGCUCAUUGAAAAAAUCAGCAAGGACAGGUUGAGGUUCACAGACAAUCUGGAUGUGGUCAAGUUUGUGUGCAAGGAGGUCUGGAUGUUCUUGUUCAAGAAGCAGGUCGACAACCUGAAGACAAAUCACAGAGGCGUCUAUGUGCUUCAGGAUAAUGGCUUCCGCUGGUUCACCAGGAUGGCACACGACCAGAGUUCAGCGGAAUCUGUGAAGAAAGUGACACCAUACCUGUGGUUUCCAUGCGGGAUCCUGCGCGGCAUUCUUUCCAACCUGGGCAUUGCAAGUGUCGUCGUGGCCGAGACGUCCUCUCUGCCCGCCUGUACCUUCCAGAUCAAGAUUGCGAAGACAGCAUAA